CAGCGGUCAUUUCAAAAUGGCAGCUCUUAUAAGUUCUCGGUUGCUUAAGGGAACUGCAUGUUGUGUUUUGAGAAGGCAUUUGAGCCUGUCCUCGGCGCGAUGUGCCCAACAGAUGACCGUGAGAGAUGCACUGAAUUCAGCUCUGGAUGAAGAACUUGCUCGUGAUGAAAGUGUAUUUCUGCUUGGAGAAGAAGUUGCACAGUAUGAUGGAGCAUAUAAGGUUUCGAAAGGGUUGUGGAAGAAAUAUGGAAACAAACGAGUGAUAGACACACCCAUCACAGAGAUGGGUUUCACUGGUCUUGCUAUUGGAGCUGCCAUGGCUGGACUUAAACCAAUUUGCGAGUUCAUGACGUUCAACUUCUCCAUGCAAGCUAUUGACCAGGUUAUUAACUCCGCUGCCAAGACACAUUACAUGUCUGCUGGGAAGGUAACAGUUCCGAUAGUUUUUCGCGGUCCUAACGGAGCGUCUGCAGGUGUAGCUGCACAACAUUCCCAGUGUUACGCGGCUUGGUAUGGAAAUUGUCCUGGACUCAAGGUUAUCUCCCCUUAUUCAGCCGAAGAUUGUAAAGGAUUAUUAAAGUCAUCAAUCAGAGACCCAGAUCCUGUUGUGUUCUUGGAGCAUGAACUCAUGUAUGGCCUUGCUAUGCCGAUGUCUGAUGAGGCACUAUCUCCCGACUUUCUUCUCCCUAUAGGAAAGGCAAAAAUAGAGCGAGAAGGAAAACAUAUUACCCUAGUGUCUCAUUCUAAGUCAGUUGGUGUAUGCCUGCAAGCAGCUGAAGAACUUGCAGGAAAGGGAAUAGAAUGUGAAGUGAUAAAUUUACGAACAAUCCGACCUCUAGAUGAAGACUGUUUUAUUAAGUCCGUUAUGAAGACAAACCACCUGGUGACGGUGGAGGGAGGCUGGCCACAGUAUGGAGUUGGGGCCGAAGUGUGUGCCAGGCUUAUUGAAAGUCCGGCUUUCAACUACUUGGACGCUCCGAUAUUGCGAGUAACUGGUGCUGAUGUGCCAAUGCCGUAUGCUAAAACACUAGAAGAUAAUGCAUUGCCUCAGCCAUUUAACAUUAUAACUGCUGUGAAAAAAUCAUUGAACAUAGCGUGAUCAUCAUAGACUUUUAAAAGAUUUGUAUUAAGGUGAUAAUUUAAUAGUUUCUGUUUGAAAUCACAUGUUUAGAGAAGAGUGAAUUUUUAUUCAAGAAACCUGAAAAUUUGUAAUAUGGAUGUAUUACAUUAGCAGGGAGUUUAAGAUUCCCAUUGCCCAAUGCCUGUGACAAGUGAAAAUAUGUCAGUUAAAUGCAUAUGCCCGGUGGCAAGUGAUAUUAUAAAUGCUGGUGUCAGAAAAAAAAAAUUAGUUGCAGCUGACCUGAAAAAAAAAGAGAAGAAAGACUAUCAGUCUUGAAGAAGUGAAUAUCUUGUAACAAUCCAGGAAUUCAUUAAUAGUAUCUUACUUUUGUUUGUUUGUUUAAAAAACAUGUUUUGUUAAAUAUAGAGAUUAUGUUCUAACUGUGCUGGGAAUAAUCAUUUUUACUUUAAAUUCUUUUUUUAAUGCCUAUAGCUAUGAUUUGGAAAACCCCCACAAACAAAUGUAUAUAGAAUAAAAUACAUGAAUGAUCAUUUAUCUUUAAAAGUGUUUUGCAUGUUCAUAAAAACCAGAUUUUUUUUUUUUUUUUUUAUCAACAAUAAUUUUUUUACAGCACUUGGUACUUACAGUUAACUUGCCCAUCAGUGGUAAUGUUAAUUUCAGUGGAUGGUUUGGCUUUGAUAUCUAGGUCAUCACCAUGGAGCAGCUAAUUAGACAUCUUGAUCUUCAACAUAUGUUUAAUAUACCGGGUACUAUGAUACUGUAUAUUUUACUGUUUCAUUUUGAUACUUUGUGAUUUAAUUUUUGUUAGAUGAUUCCUCUGGAGACUGAUAAACCAACCAAAGUUAUCUCCCUAUAAAUCUGAACAUCGGGGAAUUUGAUUUUAUAGAAAAACACUGUAAUUUUGGUUGAUUAAAUGACAACUAUAUUACAACUAUGGUAAAUUUAAAUAUAUAAAAAUAGCUGAAAAUUGUUGACACAAAUUGUAUUGGUAAUGGUAAUUUAACAACGAAAAACAAAGACCACUAACACUGUAACUUCAAGUAUUUGAAGCAGUAUUUUUAGUUCACAAAUCUAAUUGAAGCUUGUAUGUGUUGGCUUUUUCCUGUCAUAACUUUUAAAAAGUUAAUUUGUUUUAUUUAAUCAUCGGCUGUUGUAUGUCAAACAUAUCAAGGGAUCUAUUGUUAUGCACCAUCCAAAAGACAGGAUAGCACAUGCCAUGGCCUUUGAUAUACCAGUCAUGGUGCACUGGCUGGAAUGAAAAAUAGCCCUAUGGGUUCGACCCUAGACUGAUUGUGUGUCAGUCAAACGGUUUGCAACUAGGCUACAUCUUGCCCCGUCAAAAUUUAAAAUAACUCAUGUCUUUAUCAGCUUUGCAUUUCAUAUUAAGUAUGUAUAUCCCGCUCUGUGUAUAAUAUAUGGGUAUUGAACGUGGAUUUAGUCAACCGUAUUACCACAAGUACAACAUGCAUAAAGUUGUAUCAAGUACCAGUAUAAUUAUGUGUAACGGAGCACCAAAUUAGUCUACUAUUUGUAAUAAUAUACAGUAAAACUUGUCGAAAUCAGACACCCAUGGUACUAUGUAAAAAUUCCAGUUUUAAGGGGUAUCAAGUAAGAGCGAUUCUGUUCGGUACCGAUAUUUAAAAGGAUAUCGUGAAUAACGUCCAGUCUUGAGGGAAUUUAGGUUUACCGACGGUUUAGCUUUGAGGGGUUUCAUUGUAAUAUAAUAUAAAGUAGAGUUGAAUUCCGUUGGUUCGAACUCCGUCGGUGCUCGAGAAAGUGUUCGACCCAUCAGGUAGUUCGACCCAACCAUUCAGUUAACAUUGUGUAAGUGUAACUCAGGACUUUGUUUUGGGGUCGAGUGUUGCUGUGUAUACGACCCUUCUGAGUUCGACCCAACGGGAUUCUACUGUAUGUAUUGAAAGUAAUAAUCUGGUAUAUAUAUAUAUUGAACUAAAUACUCCAGUAAAGUACAAACUAAACCAUAUUGUCCAUUUCUGUACACAUCAGACGAGUGGUAUAGUCAGGGCGUACACAGUGAAUAUUUGUCCCUGGUGCUCUACAAAGAAGGAAAGAAGAAAAAAAAAGAGAAUGUUUGUUUAAUGCCACCUCGGCACAUUUUAAACUGGUUAUUUGGCAUCUGAUAUAGAGAAGUGUUGAAGUAAUAGUUUAAGUAUUUACACUUGUUUAUUUUACAUGAUUAUUAUAAUUUGUUUCGAUUUGGGGUUUGUUUUUAGGGUUUAUGGUUACUGUAGUGGGGUUUUGGUUUUUUUUUUACUUUUCGGGGUUGGGGGGAAAAGGCUCACUGAUUGUUAUAAAGCAUUUUCAAACCACUCUUGCCAAAUCCAGAACAUACAAUAUGCAUUUACAAUGUUCAGUGAUUUUGGCUUUGUCAGUAACUAGCACAUUUUAAAAUGAAACACUUGAUUUUUCAAACUAGUUGGGCAGCUUUUAACUGCUAUUGCUAAUAUACUAGGGAUGUUCAAUGCUAUAAACUUAAAGGAAUGUAGGCAUACAGGCUUGUACUGUCAAUGUUAGAAAACUUUUGGGCUGACUUUAUGUAAGGUGACUUCGCGAGUGUGUCUUAUAUACAGGUAAGUCUUAAAACACCGAUGAAAUAAGUAUGACAUGCUUGCAUGGCUAAGGACUUGCAAUUUAUUGUAAAUUAUAUAAAUACACAUUGCGGUUUUAAGGAAGUUGCAUCUGACUAAGAGAUAAAAUAUCUUGCACAAAUUUGGCCCCUAUGUAUUUUAGAAAUAAUACUUGACAACUGUAUACAAUGUAGCUGUUGAAAAUGUGUGUUUUUUCCGUUUUUAAUAUAUAUGUAGAUGUAUAAGGUCAGAGGUUACUUUGACUUAUACCACAGCUAGUGCUUAUUUGACUAACUGUUGUGUGACCUAGUUGUGAUUGUUUUUUUUAUCAUUCGUUAAAGGUACUUUGCCCUCUAACAAUAUACACUCAACAAAAUUAAUUAAGGGCCAAAAGAUAUUUUUGGAUAUUUUGUACAAAAUACAUUUGAUUUUGGGUUUACAAAGCAUACAAAACUUGAAUUUCUGUACAUUGUUACCAUUGGUAAACAUUUACUUGAACAACAUUUAGGAAUUAUCUGUGAUGAAAACUUGUGGCUGGUCCUUAUUUAUGUUUGUCCAUUAUAUUUGAUACUUCUGUCUAGAACUUUGUUUUAUGAUUACGGCAGCAACUUGUCAUGUGACAUUUAUUUUGCUGUGUAUAAAACCAAAAUUUUCAUCUCACACUUCAGAGCCCCAAAAUUUCAAAUCUUGCCAGGAGAUGAGUACUUAUAUUUAAAGUGUUGUGAAUUAUCACACAUCACAGCCAUUUAAUGAGAUGUAUUUUGACAAGAUAUUAAAACAAAAAAAUCCCAUAUCAAAAUUCUAGCAUGUGCUUAAUGGUCACAUCAAGACAACUGUCUCGAGCUUGUAUAGACAUUAGAACAUCGAAGAACACACAGAAUGUACAAACAUGAAUAUUCAAAGCUAGAAGCUACGAUUCAGCCAGAAGAGUUGUACAGUAGUUUCAAGGGGGCUAGGUACCUUUAAGGCCAUGACGAGUUGCUCAUCGAAUCUCAUUCAUAAUAUGUAAUAUUGAUGUCUUUGUUCAUGAUGUGAUGCAAUAGUGCUGCUUUUGUUCAUGAUGCGAUGUACACGUCAAAUAGUAUUUAUUUGGUGCAAAAUAGUUUUUGUUUGUUAUACAGUUAAACCCCUCUAAACCAGACGAAGUAAACAGUCUGGUUUACAGAGGUUCUCUUCUGUACUGAUAUUUAAAAAAGGACCAUGGAAAAAAUGUCCUGGUUUGAGAGAAUUCCGGUUUACAGAGGGUCCUGUUAGAAGGGUUUCAUUGUAUUAGAUUCUUUGAAAGGAGUGCAUUUCAUGUGAUAUAAUUAGUAGCGUUUUGAAUAUAACAAGACUGAAUGGCUGUGUUUAACAAGCAUGUUAGAACUGGGGUGGGUGAUUGAAGGCUGAGGUGUGCCCUGACUUCUCUCUCACUGAAAGCCAUCAACUCCUGUCCCGACAGACAACCCAGAUAGAUCCGAGGUGUGUGCCAAGGACAGCGUGCUUGAAUGUUGAAUAGUUGUAAACACUGAAAUAAAUCAUACUUUGAUUCAAUGAGCAACGCAUGUUCUAUGCAAUUUAUUAAAGCCUACCGCACACGAGAGCUAUCAGCUGAGCAAAAAGUUACUUGAGACUUUUUGCUCAGCUAAUAGCUGUCGUGUGCGGGCAAUUUUGCUGAGUUUUUCGUCUCUCGUGGUCGUGAGGUAAAUAUCUAUUGUGUUUGAUAUUCUUGGCCACGCGCGGCAAAAAUCUCACCGUGUGUGGACUAAGUGAACUAUCAGCUGAGCUGAAUUGACUAACUGACCAAUGGAAACACGAACAUUGCGUUAAAGUGACGUCAUCGCUGCAGUCGUAAGCAGAGUAGCUCAGCACUUAGCUCAUCGUGUGUGGUGAAAAUGUUAGAGCUAUCAGCUGAGCUAAAAGUCUCAAGUAACUUGCUGCUCAGCUGAUAGCUCUCGUCUGCAAUAGGCUCAAGAACAACUUUGUUAAUAAUGGGUUCAUAAUAACAUCAUCAGUAAUUUUUUUCAAGUAAGUUUCAUAAAGUGUGCUGUAAAUGAUUGCUAUUAAAAUUUUUUUUUGCUUAAAAUUACAAUUUAUUAAACUUUAAAAAAACCCAAACAUUAUUCAUCGGGUGGAAGUCGAUCCUCCCCCCCCCCCCCCGCCUCUUUUUUUUUUCAGUGUAUAUUCCUGAGGGAGCAUGACCCGACCCCCUAAAAAACUUUGAUUGCAAAUGUAGACACCCCAUCACAAUUUCCUGCACGUUUGUCUGUUCAUUUAUGUAUUUCUUAAAAACAAUUUGUCAACGAAUAUAGAAAAUGAUUGUAAUGUUAAAUUCUAUUUAGCCUAAUUCAUCAACAUUGUUUGGUGAUGAAUUUAGGCCACCAUACAAAUUUUUAACCCCAUUUUAUCAGAUGUCUACUAAUAAUUAAAAAUUAUCAUCAAAAAUGAAUUCGAUAUUAUCGAUAUUAUACAUGAUUAAUACUCUUCCAGUAUAAAUAUCAUCACAUGAAGACGUUGUUUUGUUUAAUAUAGUAAGAACAAAUAAAAAUCAUUUUUUGUUUUGUUUUAAUAUAUACAUACAUGUGUAAAUUAAAUUUGUAUGCAAUGA